CUAGAGCGAAGACCAGACCUGGCCGGUAGAUUACAUUCGAGUCCGUGAUUUCGACACCGGACAUAAUGUACUGGGAAUGUUAGACCGAUCUGACGUCGUCGGUCAUCCUCUCGCUUGUUUAUAGGCCUCGCGCCUUGGUGCUAUUGCUCGUACAAGGGUUUGCCGGCGAAAAUCAUACCAAAGGGAUGUAUAAAUUUUUAUAUAACCGUAUGAGGGCGUAAGACAACCACAUCGCCUUGAUCGUGUACCUCCUGGGUGCCAAUGGGUAAAUUUCAACACAAAGGACGAAGUUCCAGGAGAAAGAUGUCGCGCCUUUUCAAGAUCAUGCUAUUUCUGAUCGCAUUGGCUAUUUUUAUACUUAUCAGCAAUUUGGCCUUGUUAUCAAACCCGUCAUUCGUCUACCAUACAACGCCCUCACUCGAUGAUGGCGAUGAGAUGCAUUCCUUCAUGAGGGCGAGGAAACUGGAAUCUGUUAAAGUGAACGCGGCAGACAACCCUGGGCUAUUACACUUUGAAGAAGUUCGAACAGCAGUAUUCAAGCAAAACGUGGUGCAGACCUUCGGGGAAAUGUGGACAGCGCCAUCUCGAGGCAGUAUUACGAGAAUGUCGAAUGGAUAUAUUCACAGGAAUGGACUAGUGUUAUCAAAUAUGGAAGAAUCUGUUUUAAACAAUACAACGGUGUUGUCACGCGCAGCUAUUUUAUCAUUUCUUCACAUACAGCAGGAUACUUUUGAAGACAUAGUGUUUGGUUUAUUACCAUUUUUAAACUUUACGUGCGAAUUUAUGCAAACUACGGACCCUUUACAAAUUUUGAUGAAAACUCAAUUACCCGCCGACGUCAUUGAGUAUUUCUGCCACGUGAACAGUUCUCGUGUAAUUUACGAUAUCCCGGAUGUCACGUACUUUGCGAGCACUGUUUAUCUUCCGGCAUUCUUCCCGAACAACUUACUCCAUCAGCAAGGGCUGAUCCCACCGAAUUCUCUACGCAAACUGAAAAGAACAGUUUUCAAUGACGGUGACAUCGUACUGUACCUUAGAGAGUCAGAUCACACGUCUAUACUUCUUGAAAACGAAAACGAGAUUUUAUCGGUCUUAGAAGCCUCGUUGCCCGACACACUGGGAUUAGUUGUCUGGAAGUCGUCUGAACAUGACUGGCGGGGAAACCAGCACACUUUCUCUCAAGCCAGAAUUGUGUUGGCUCCUCGCAGUACUGCCGUUGCCAAUGUCGCUUUCUGUCACCCUCAAAGUCACGUGAUUGAAAUAACCCACCGAAAUUUUAGUUGCCAUGGAAAUAAUUCUCUUAGGUGCUAUGAUGGUCUGGCGAAGGCGUUUGGUUUGAAUUACUGGACUCUUUUUGCUGAAAGGACCACGCCGCAAGAUGACAAGAUCGCGCGUGUAUCGCGAGAAAGUCUACUGCAGUUGCUGAGUGUCAUUCUGGACGAGACGGACUACGACGUGUCCCAGAAGAAGAGUGAUAUUUUGCAAAGAAUGUUCCAGGAAAGCAUGCCGCUUGGACUUCGACAGAUGUCGUCUAUUCUAGAAGACAUUUUUUACAGGUCCGGUAGUUGUAAAUUGCUAGUUUUCGGGUUUGCCAAUGACAUUGAAUUGCUUAGCACCGCAAACCAAAAUGGUGCCACGACUCUUGUAGUCGCCGGAAACGACACGUCGCGAAUGAUUACAAUGGCGCCCAAAGACGUAACUUACAUUUCUGGGGAAUACUCAGUUUCGAAGUCAGAAUGGAAAACGCUAAUUAACAACAAACCUGAACUUUUGCAAGAGAACUUUCCUAAGGAGUUGAAGUCCACGGUAUGGGACAUAAUCAUAAUUCGUUCGAUUAACUCAGACUCGUAUUUGUCGGAUACCAUAAAACCAAUAUACUGGGCUUCACAGAUUGCUGGUAUGGGUUCUUCUGUGUAUAUCCACGCAGUUCAUAACACCAUAGAAUCGUCUGUAGCGUUCAAAUUUUUUGGUGAUUCUAGUUUGUUGAUCGAAGAAGCCAACACUGCCAUGGCUAAGUAUGAGACCUCCCGGCUGUAAAAUGUCGGUGUUUUAACAAUUGGACGUGAAAUGUGUUUUUAAAUAUUAUUUGAUUAAAGUAGUACAUGUUGUACGAGUAUUUUAAA